AUGUAUGCAGAAGCUUUUACACGUCAUGGUGAACGAAUGUCUGACAAAGUGGAAACUUGGAGAAAAGCCUUAGCUGAUGCAGCAGAUAUUUCAGGAUAUGCUAUCCAAUGUAAUAAUGGCAAUGAAGUUGAAAGUGUCCAAGAAAUAGAAGAGGAAGUAACUAAAGUGAAGCUGAUGCACAAUAAAUGGUCAAUCUAUCCUUCAUCUUUAGAUACAACUUCUCAGUGGAAUGUCUUUUUAAGCUUCAGAGGUGUAGAUACGCGAAAAACAUUUGUCAGUCAUUUAAACGCAGAAAUGAAGCAUGCUGGAAUCAAAGUGUUUUUAGAUGAUGAUGCACUCCGCAGAGGGUACAAAAUCAAGUCUGGACUGUUUGAAGCGAUCGAAGAAUCAAAAAUUUUGAUUAUUGUUUUUUCCAAAAACUACGCCUUUUCAAAGUGGUGCCUUGAUGAGCUGGUGAAGAUACUUGAACGUCAGAACACUCAGGAGCCAUGGAGACAGCUGGUUUUUCCAAUAUUUUACAAUGUUGAUCCACGGGAUGUAGAAAAACAGGAAGGAAGUUUCAAAAUUGCGUUUGAAGUUAACAAUCGACGUUAUCCUAAAGAGACGGUGGACAUUUGGAGAGCUGCAUUAUCUGAAGCUGGAACUCUGGGAGGAUGGGAUCUGCAGAACUCUUGGGAUGGGCGAGAAGCGGACCUUAUUCAGGAUGUUAUUGCGAAAGUACUGCAUCAAAUUACCAGUAGGUAG